AUGAUAGGAAAGUCUACCAGCAACGUAGCAGUGCAUGCAGACUACAACUUUUUGGGGUCACAACCCGCUAUGAUCAGAGCUUCUCAGAAUUCCACAUUUGAUGUAUUCCAGUACAUCAAUCAACUAAUUGGAACUGAUAAUGGAGGAAAUGUUUUCGCUGGAGCCACUCUCCCGUACGGGAUGGCAAAAGCAGUGGCCGACGUUGAUGGCCAAAAUACCGGCGGGUUCUCCACUGAUGGCAGCAAUGUGACGGGCUUUUCCCACAUGCACGAUUCGGGAACAGGAGGGAAUCCCUCACUAGGAAACUUUCCACUCUUUCCACAAUAUUGCCCAGAUGAUAUCCUGGAUAAUUGCAACUUCCUGCGAGAAGCUCGAGCGACCCACUAUGACAAUGACUCUGUGGUGGCCACACCGGGGUAUUUUGCUUUGAGUCUCGUGAAUGGUAUACAGGCAGAGAUGACGGUCACAGAGCAUGCUGCUCUAUACCACUUCACAUUUCCUCCGGAAAGCACAGCGAAUGGAACAACUCUCAGCCCAAUGAUUCUACUGGAUCUGACAGACCUUGAUGCAAGUCGACAGAAUGCGACGGUCAGUAUGGAUGCAGAUGGGAGGAUGAAAGGGAACGGAACCUUCCUUCCUAGCUUUGGGGACGGGUCUUUCGUCUUACAUUUCUGUGCUGAUUUCUCCGGCUCUUCGAUCAAAGAUACAGGUAUCUGGGUCAACAACCGUGCGGGAACGGAACCGAAACAGCUUUUCGUCACUCGGGGGAUCAAUCUUUUCUAUAUCGAAGCUGGCAGUUUUGUGCGGUUCGAUCGACCCGAGAACGGCACUCUGAGCGCGAGGGUUGGUGUCAGUUUCAUCAGCGCCGACAAAGCAUGUCAAAAUGCCGAAACUGAGAUACCGGGUCCUCAGUGGGAUUUUGAAGGGAUCAAACAGACUGCAAAGGAUAUCUGGAGAAGGAAAUUGGGUGUAGUAUCGGUCGUGCCAGGGGGAGCUAGCGACUCCCUUCAGACCAAUUUCUGGAGCGCGAUCUAUAGGACUAUGAUGUCUCCGCAAAACUAUACAGGUGAAAAUCCCCUCUGGGAAAGUGACCAACCAUAUUUUGAUUCUUUCUAUUGUAUAUGGGAUGCAUUCCGCUCUCAGCUCCCUUUCCUUACCAUAGUCGAUCCUGAUACCCUCUCUUCUAUGGUUAGUAGCCUGCUGGACACUUAUAAGCACCUUGGUUGGCUUCCAGAUUGUCGCAUGAGUCUCUGCAAAGGCUUUACACAAGGUGGAUCGAAUGCCGACAUUGUGAUAGCCGACGCAUUUGUGAAGAAUCUGACCGGUCCCGUACCAAUAAACUGGACGCUUGCCUACGAAGCAGUUGUCAAUGAUGCCGAAAACGAACCCUUGGAUUGGUCCAAUGAAGGGAGAGGUGGAUUGAUGAGCUGGAAAGCAUUGAACUACAUCCCGGCCUUGGAUUACGAUUAUCUUGGUUUUGGUACGAAUUCGAGGAGUAUUUCAAGAACGCUUGAGUAUUCUUACAAUGAUUUCUGUGUUGCGACACUUGCAAAGGGUCUAGGGAAAGAGGAUGAUUAUAGGAAAUAUAUGGCUCGUGCAACAAAUUGGAAGAAUCUUUUCAAGCCAGACCAAACAUCUUACAUCAAUGGGAACGAUACUGGAUUUACGGGCUUCUUCCAACCGAGAUACUUGAACGGGACAUGGGGAUUUCAAGAUCCAAUACUUUGCAGUCCGCUUGAUGGAUUCUGCUCCUUAACUUCGAACCCCCAGGAGACAUUCGAAGACUCCAUUUGGGAGUACCAAUUCUUCGUCCCACAGGAUCUCUCAACUCUGAUCUCUGUUCUCGGCGGACCUAAUGAAUUCAUAAACCGACUCAACUUCCUUCACACUAGCGGCCUCACAGAUAUAGGCAAUGAACCCUCUUUCCUUACCGUCUUCCUCUACCACUAUGCUGGCCGACCCGCCCUUUCUACUGAACGUAUACACUCUUAUAUCCCAUCACAAUUCAACGAUGCCACUACCGGUCUCCCCGGAAACGACGACACGGGUGCCAUGGCAUCCUUUACAGCCUUCUGCAUGAUGGGAAUGUUUCCCAACCCAGGCCAGAAUGUCUAUUUUAUCUCGCCCCCUUUCUUCGAGAGUGUGAGUUUUAGGCACCCGCAGACAGGGAAGACGGCCACGAUCCGGAAUAUAAAUUUUGAUCCAGGCUAUACGAGAAUUUACAUACAGAAUGCAACGCUGAACGGGGUGCCAUAUAGGAGGAAUUGGAUCGGGCAUGAGUUCUUUACAGAAGGCAUGACACUCGAAUUGGUCCUGGGCGAGAGCGAAAGUGAUUGGGGAACAAAGGAGGAGGAUCUGCCUCCCAGUAUGAGUAUUGGUGCGAUGGGAUUGUGAGGAG